AUGGGGUUAAACCCCAUGGACGCCUAGCAACAGCCAGCACCCACAGGCCUUCCCUCCCACCACCCUUGCUCUGAUGCAGGCCCCUCUCCUCGACCCAUUCCUCACUUCGGAUUGGUUGAGCUCCUGCUGAUGGAGAUUCUCGGCCAAUAGCUGCCCCUGUGGGCGAGGCCUGAGAGGCCUGAGGGGGUGCGACAGUUGGAGCCCUUCAGUCAGUGUGACUCCUGGUGAGGCUGCUCAUCGAACAGUUUCCUGACUGAAAACCCCAGUUGAAGGCAAUCCUAAAACCAUCAACAAACAUGGAUAUGGAGAAUAGCAAAAAUCCACCUAGACUUCUAUCUGCCCGUCCUAUUGUCACAAUGGAGGAACUGCCAUUCUACAAAGUCUAUGCUGAGAUCAUCAGACCUACAAAGCUAGCGCCUAGGAACUCUGUGAUGUAUAAGAAGACAAAGUUACAUUUCAUGGCCAGUCCAGAAAAGUUAGAUGAGAUCCACAGGACCAAUGAAGUCCAACUGGGAGAUGAGACCUUGACAUUUCAACUCCGGUUCUGUCUAUGGGACACCCAGGGCCCUCAAAUAGAUCAUCUUCCUCGACACCUGAGUAUCAGGGUCAACGAAAAAAAAUGCUUCGUUCUGAAAGAGAAAGAGUCCAACAAGCACCCCAUCAACAUCACGGAACUGGUGCAUCUCUCGGACGUGGAACCCAACAUCAUAAAGGCCAGUUGGUCACUGAAUGACAGGCAGGACUAUGCCAUGUCCCUCUGCUGGGUGAAGCAGCUUACCACAUCCGAUUUACUACGGGAACUGAGAGCUAAGGACGUUUUCCCUGCAUCCAAGACACGGGCCAUGAUCCAGGAGAAGCUGGCAGCCGAGGCAGGAGAAGCCACCGCCAGCAGCUUCCGUAUCUCCCUCAUGUGCCCGCUGGGACAGAGUCGUAUGUCCAUGCCCUGCCGCGCCCUGUCCUGCUCCCAUCUGCAGACUUUUGAUGCGCUCCAGUACCUGCAGAGGAACAAGGAGAAGGAGACAUGGAGAUGCCCCAUCUGUGUGAAGAAAGCAUAUUUCAAAAAUCUGGUUGUUGAUGAGUUCUUCCUUAAUGUCCUCAACAUUGGCCCUGACUUUGAAGAGAUUGAGUUCCUGCCUGAUGGGUCGUGGUCUCCAGUAGGGCCCAAGAGAAACUUGAGGGAUGACUGUAAUGCCCCUGGCCAUAAGGGCCUCCUAGUAGGUCCUCCACCUGACAGCAAUAAGGAGAUUCCUACCACUGCUCAGAUGAACAACAGCUCAUCCAUCGUGGAGCUGCAGACUCCAGCCACUCCAAGGGCUACUCUGGCUGCCAUGCCCACCACAGAGGUGACAAGACCUCAGCAUCCUCAAGUCUUCUUCCAGGGCCCACCCCAGGGCAUAAACCUCCAACAGUCUGGAUCCCCGCAAUCUUCCUUCCAGCUGACCUCUACCAGGGCCUCCACAGAUCUGAAUUUUCCGACUUGCUUUACGGUUGUUACACAGCUCUUUGCCUGGCCCAUCUUCACAUCUCCAAACAGCAGCGACUACAACCCCGGCCUGCCCUGGGGCCCUCUGGCCCCAUCUUCAGCCCCAGUGCCAGAGCCAGCCCCAGUGCCAGCCCCAGUGCCACUCCUGCCCCCGGCCCCAUUGCCGGGGCCUGGCCCCUAUUCUGGAUGGACUCCACUGCCACUCCCUGUUGGACUCGAUCGACCCUGGAGCCAGCAGCUUUCUCUUUCCGGGCCUGGAUUGGGGCAAGGAAGUGGUGUCCCGGCUUUCCAGCAGCUGGUCAGAUAUCAGCCCCCUGCACCGGGCCUCUUCCCCCCUGUAGUCCAGAUCUUCCAACCUGCUGGACCCAUGGGGAGCACUGUGGUGGGACCAAGAGGAGGAGGUACAUUCAGGCUGAACAUGCCUCCUCCAUACCUGGCCCCAUUUGACCCCAACAUGGGGGGUUGUCGCAGCCAGCGUGGUAGGGCUUCCUCCUCCAGGGCAAAUAGCUGUCAGUCCAGACAGGCAGGAGGGUCUGACAUCUCUGAGGGACAGAGGUACCUGUAAAGGGAGGGGGACAAACCCCACAGACUCCUGGCCUUCCACUGGCCCCAUCUCUCCCCCCCCUCAGGUCACUGAGGAACGGGGUGUCACCCCACAGCCCUGUUCCCCUAAAAUUUUAGGUCCUGGUGUCCCCCCCGCCCACCUUGAGUGCCAUAUCUGGAGUCUGUACAAAUAACUCUUGUUCAGGGGAUGGGAGUGAGGACACGCAUGUGACCCCGGUCUCUCUCUCUCCAUCAGCCUCCCCACAUCUUGCCCCCUCCCUCAUUUCUUAUUGCUACUUGAAGUUGGUGGGCAAGGUCCCCCAUUAGAACAGUACUGAAUUUUCUGACAAUUUUAUUCAAUUUGGUAAAAAUGGAGUUGUUCUUACCCCAUUGUUGUCAAAAAAUUUUCACUGAUUAAUAAAGCGGGAAAAUGUUAAAUCGA